UAUCCAGAGCAGCAAUAGUGGAUAACAGGAGACCACACCCCUGAAGCCACACCUGGUCCAUACCCAGACCAUAGAUAAAACGCUACGCGGUGUUAGAAUUCUAGGACCUCUGUAUAGCCGUGCAAUCUCCGUAGUCAUGGGCGGGAAAAAUGACGGCGCUGACCGACCUGAUCAGACAACAGAUCGUCUGACGUUUCUGCUGGCGGUUUCGGCGUUUGUGGCUGCUUUCGGCACAUCUUUCCAAUAUGGCUACAGCUCCAGUGUAGUGGACCAGCCUGCAAACAUCAUAAAGGAGUUCUACAACCAGUCGUACGUGAGUUUCUACACCGCGCCUCUGACAGAGAGCGGGAUUACCGUCCUGUGGGCUACCACCGUGUCGGUCAUGUGUCUGGGCGGACUGGUCGGCUCCUUCCUCAUCAAACCACUCACGGAACGGUUCGGCAGGAAAGGUGCACUUCUGAUCAGUAAUGUUUUCUCCGUGACGGGCGCCAUUUUGUUCGGGUUCUCCAAGAUGGCCAACUCCUACCACAUGGUCAUUAUAGGGAGGAUCUUUGUGGGAAUCCAGCAUGCGCUGUCCAUCAGCGUGGUGCCGAUGUACCUGGCGGAGGUGUCGCCCACCAGCCUGCGCGGAGGGAUAUCCGUGAUGCACCAGGGCAUGCUGACGGUGGGCAUCCUGCUGGCACAGAUCCUGGGGCUGGAGCAGAUCCUAGGGAGCGAUACGCUGUGGCCGGUCCUGCUGGCGUUUUACGCGGUUCCGUCCGGUAUACAGCUGGUCAUCAUGCCCUUCCUGCCGGAGAGUCCUCGGUACCUGCUGAUCAAUAAACAGGAUGAAGAGGCUUCCCGAGCCGCCUUGAGACGUCUACGUGGUACCAGCGAGGUGGAUGACGCCAUCCAGGAGAUGAGACUGGAACAUGAGCACGAGAUGAAGGAGCCGAAGAUAACCGUCAUCGCACUGCUCCAAUCUCGUUCCCUGCGUCCGCAGCUCAUCAUGGCAGUCGGCGUCAUGAUGGCCAAUCAGCUCAGCGGUAUCAAUGCGAUUUUCGCCUACGUUACGUCUAUUUUCGAGAAUGCCGGGGUGCCGGAAGACACCAGCGCGUACGCGACCAUAGGCACGGGGGCAGUCAACUGUGUGGUGUGUCUGGGCUCGGUGUUGAUCAUUGACCGAGUUGGCCGGAGACCGCUGCUCAUCUGGCCACUGCUGGUGAUGACCAUCACGUUUGCCCUGCUGACCAUCACCCAGGCCCUCACAGAGAACCUGUUCUGUGACUGCUGUCCUAACGGUCGGUUCGGGUCGGUAGGAGACGGCGUGUGCCCCCCGGUAGACCUGGUGCAGAUAGAACCCUACAACAACCCGUACCAGUGGAUCUCCUACCUCAGCAUAGCCUUCAUCAUCAUCUUCAUCUUCGCCUUUGCUAUCGGACUGGGGUCGAUGCCGGGUCUACUCGGCGGGGAACUGUUCCGCCAGGGGGCGCGCCCUGCCGCCAUGACCAUACAGAGCGUUACCCACUGGGUCUGUAACUUCAUCAUCGGGCUGGUCUUUCCCAUCCUGCAGGAAGCCAUGGGCGCCUAUGUGUUCCUCAUCUUCAUGGUGUUCUGUGGCGUGAGCGGGAUCUACUUCUUCUUCCGGCUGCCGGAGACGAAAAACAAAACGUUUGACGAGAUUCAGACCCUGUUCGGAGUAGAACAACAGGACACCGAGGAGGAGGAGGGCGUGGGCAACACUGCAUUCACCAAGGAAGAGCUGGGGGAGGGGGGCGAUGGUGUCAACCCCACACAGCUCGAGUCUGCACUGUAGUGUAGACUCUGCGUUCACUACAAACUUCUUACUCCGUUUUGUGGAGUGUUUUCUUUAUUUUAAUGCGUGCUGUGUGGCUAGACCUUUAUUUAAGAGAUUAACUCUUCUAAGAGCACACUGAGUGCACAUCAGUCAAGAAAUGUCAUUUAUAUAGCUUCAACAGUUUGAAAAACAAAGUACGUUCUUUAUUUAUAACCACUUGUUUAACAUGAGUAUCUUCCCCAGGGGCAAUUAUGACUGGUUCACUGGGCACUAAUCAGGCAUAGCAGUUUGAUCUCGUAACACACUAGCUUAAGGCUUAAGCUCAGUAAGCAACAUGAAGAACCUGCCUAACAGGAUUGUUCGAGUGUCACAAGGAUUCUUGAUUGUAAUCAGUUCAGCACCAACAGGUACAUGCCAGUACGCGUUUCUGUGUAAUAACCCCUCAGAACAUAUAAGGAGCAACACAACAAUCUGUACCCGACAGGACAAAAC